GCACUCUUGCAGCCGGACUGGCACGUUUCUUCUGAUUUAUAAUGAGUGCAUAUAUUCUAUACACCGCUCUUGCAGGCUUGGCACUUUUGCUGUUAUUGCUUUACUUGAGAAACCCUUAUAUUUGUCAAGAUUUAAGUUACACGAUUACUGCAAUCAAAAUUGCUAUACGCAUGAGCAAAUUCAAGAAGCAGAAACCCUUUUACAGUAUUUUGGAUUGUUUUCUGGAUCAAGUGGCGAGGCAGCCACAUAAGAAGUUCAUAGUUUUCGAGGAAAGCUCCUACACUUACAGCCAGGCCGACAAAGAAAGCAACAGAGUGGCCAGAGCUCUGUCCAAGCAUGCUCAGCUGAAGGAGGGGGACACGGUGGCCCUCUUCCUGGGCAACGAGCCUCAGUUUGUGUGGAUCUGGCUCGCACUGACCAAGCUGGGAUGCAACGCUUCUUUACUGAACUACAACAUCCGUUCCAAAUCUUUGCUGCACUGCUUUUCUUGCUGUGAAGCCAAGGUCCUGGUUGCUGGCGCUGACUUGCGAGGGGCUGUAGAGGAGGUGUUGCCUACCCUGAACCAGCAGGGUGUCCGUGUGUUUAUCCUCAGCGAGGACUGUGAUGUGGAGGGCAUUGAAAGCCUCUCUGAUAAAAUUCAGCAGGCCUCAGACCAGCCUCUGUCACCUCAGCUGAGGGCCAACAUUAACCUUAAGAGUCCUGCGCUGUAUAUCUACACCUCUGGAACCACAGGGCUUCCCAAGGCAGCUGUAAUCAACCAUGAGAGGCUAUGGAUGGCAUCUUUUGUUCAGGCUGUUGCUGGCGUACGUUCAGACGAUAUCAUCUACGUUUACCUGCCUCUUUACCACAGUUCUGGCUUUCUGAUGGGACUUUGUGGGGCCAUAGAAAAAGGCAUCACUGUUGUUUUAAGACGUAAAUUCUCUGCCUCCCACUUCUGGAAUGACUGUAGAAAGUACAAUGUGACUGUUAUUCAGUACAUCGGAGAAAUUAUGCGCUACCUUUGCAACACACCAAAGAGAGACAAUGACAGAGAUCAUAAAGUCCGAUUGGCUUUGGGGAACGGGAUAAGGGCCGACACCUGGACUGAUUUCCUGCAGCGAUUUGGGGCCAUACGCAUCUGUGAAUGCUAUGGAGCGACAGAAGGAAAUAUUGGCUUUGUCAACUACGCUGGCAAAGUUGGAGCUAUUGGCAAAGAGAAUUUUCUCCACAAAAUGGGAUGUCCGUAUGCCCUCAUAAGGUACGACACAGAGAAAGAGGAGCCAGUCAAAGACUCCCGAGGAUUUUGCAUUGAAGUCCCCAGAGGAGAGACCGGUUUGUUGAUAGCUAGGAUUGCAGAAAGAUCACCUUUCAUCGGCUACGCCAAGAACAGUCAGCAGACAGAGAAGAAGAAGGUGAGAGAUGUGUUUGUGAAGGGAGACCUCUACUUUAACAGUGGUGACCUUCUAAAGAUAGACAACGAGGGAUUUGUCUUCUUUCAAGACCGCAUUGGAGACACUUUCAGGUGGAAAGGAGAAAAUGUGGCAACCACAGAGGUGGCUGAUCAUUUGCUCAUGGUGGACUGCAUUAAAGAGGCUAAUGUCUAUGGUGUGAAGGUGCCAGGACACGAGGGAAGAAUUGGAAUGGCAGCACUGACGCUCAAAGAAAACAUGGACUUUGACGGCAAAGCUGCAUAUCAGCACGUCAAAAACUUCCUCCCCAGCUACGCAAGACCACGCUUCAUCCGCAUACAGGAUGCACUGGUAGUAACUGGGACGUUUAAGCAAAUGAAGGUGAAGCUGGGAGAGGAGGGCUUUAACCCAGCCGUCAUCAGGGACCCUUUGUUCUACCUGGAGGACAACAAGGGCUACGUACCUAUGACUCAGGAGAUAUUCAGCUCCAUCGCAGAGGGAAGAAUCAGGCUCUGAAUGAGUUCAGUGUUUAUUAUUGGAUUGUCAACCUCAAAAUAAUACAUUUGAUUUGUGGGUAUUAAUUGAUACAGGAUGCCAAAUAAUGAUAAAUGACCUGCACAUUGAGCGUGUUUAUGUACAGUAAAUUUCUUAAGCUUCUUGUGGGGAAUAUUGUGUACUGAAAUAUUUCAAAGGAUAUCAUUUAGUUUGAAACCGUUUUUAAUAAAAAAUAUUU